CUCGACCAUCUGUUCGAUUCCAAUGCCGAAUGGGCGCAUCGCAAGACAGUGAAUGACCCCGGCUUCUUCAAGCGCAUGUCGGAGCAGCAGUCGCCGCGCUAUGUCUGGAUUGGUUGCUCUGACAGCCGUAUCACCGCCAAUGACGUUUUAGGGCUGGACCCAGGAGAAGUCUUUGUUCACCGAAACAUUGCCAAUAUUGUCCAUACCAGUGACCUGAACAUCCUUUCGGUCCUUGAGUUUGCCAUCGAGCAUUUGCAGGUCGAACAUGUCAUAGUUUGCGGUCACUAUGGUUGUUCCGGCAUCGCGCGUGCUUUAUCGCAUGAACGUGGCGCCAUGCUGGAUCACUGGUUGCAGCCGCUUACCAUGCUUUAUCGCAAACACCGCAAAACGCUGGAUGCGUUUGAAGACAUGCGGGUGCGUAUCAACCGCAUGUGCGAAAUCAAUGUCGAAAUGCAGGUGCGCCGCGUGGCAGCCAUGCCCAUCGUGGAAAAGGCCUGGGCGAGGGGGCAGAAGCUCGAC